CAAACCGAAUAAUUUCUCUUGUCAUCUUACAGAAUAAAUUUGGAUGACGCGCAUAACGCUCCUGCAUUGCUGGAGAUGAUGCGACUGCGGGGGAACGGAAGGAGACACGGGCGGGAAGUGUUGGCAAUCUAGGUUUACACGUACUCCAUGGCGGAUGGGGUUUUAGCGCCCUCGCCGGUACAGAACUCCUUCGUCCGCUCUACCUUCUCGCACCCAUUUCUCUUCGCGAACUUCUCCGUGGCUACCGUCGUCCUCCCAUAUUGGUCCGCGGCUUCCACCCAGUACUUGCGUAGAUCCUGCGUCACAAUGGCCUCCACGCACUGUAAUAGCUCUCCUGCUUGUUCGUUCUUUGUCCCUCAGUCGAGCCCCAAACCUAGCCAACAGCCCUCCUUACUCGUUUUCUCAGGAGGAACUGCAUUUAACUGUGUGGCAGAAGAGCUGAAGAAAGUUACAACUCGAGUUGCUCAUGUUCUUCCUGUUUCUGAUGAUGGUGGCAGUACAGCUGAGAUUGUACGCGUUGUAGGUGGACCAGCUGUAGGGGAUAUAAGAUCAAGAUGCUUGAGAUUGUCUGAUGAAAGCACUUCCGAAGCUAUUGCUGUUAGGAGAUUGCUUGGACAUAGAUUGCCUCUUGAUGCAUCAGAUGCUAAAUCUGAGUGGUAUAGAAUCGUUGAAGGCCAGCAUUUCUUAUGGAAUGGUGUUUCUCGUCCUUAUGGGGAAACAAUACGUGCAUUUCUGGCUUACUUUCACAAUCAGUAUCUGCCCUGCAGAUUCUCCGACGCACAAGCGAUUCUUUUUGUUUCAGCAAUGGCAGUAUUGGAAAUUUCUUCUUCGCUGGGGCUCGCUUAUUUUUUCAGUCCCUGGACGCUGCUAUUUUUUUGUUCUCACGUGUUUCACAAAUUCCUACUGAAAGUCUUGUUUUACCAGUGAUUUCCACAAAUGAUCGCCUCACUCUGGGAUGCGAAUUAUGG